AUGUCUUCUCCCGCCUCCAACGUCUUCCAGGAGAUCCUCGGCUUCGACCCCAAGGUUCCUCUUGGUCUCCCAGUGCCGGCCAAGUCUAUCCCGCCGUCCGUGUGGGAUGGCAUGAAGCGCGUCUACGUUGAAGAUAACGCCAACGUCGCUCGUGGCAUCCACAAGCUCACCGGCGUUCACCUCCGUCUUCGUGCGAUCGCCAAGGAGGCUAUUCCUUUCAGCAUCCUUAAGGAGUACAAGACGGCUGCCCUUGAGCUCGUCUCUUACAUGUACCCUAAGCGUCGCCUCUACGGCGGGCAGAUGGCCUACACCGCUCUCAUUCAGAAGCAACUUCGCGUCAUGCACCCGGCGCUGAAGGUCUUCGUCGAGUUCUGCGGUGACAAGGACAUCGGGCUCGACGUCCCGGCGGAGGUCUCUUACCACCUCGCUUGGUCUGGCGAGGCGGUGAAAGCUCCCACCAUCCCCCUUCCUGCCGAUGCUGACCCGUUCGACGUCAGCUCGGCGUUCCAUAACAUUAAAAAGCUCGCUAAUGGGGCUUCGACUCAGGAGGAGGAGGCUCCUACUCCCAAAAAGCAUGGCAAGCAACCCAAGUCCCCCGCUAUCAUUUACGAUUCCGACGUGGAAAUCGUCGGUACUGAAAACGGCGGUCCUGGGGCUGCUUCUACUUCAACUUCGUCGACUCGUGGUGGCAAGGCCGUCGCUCGUGGUCGAGGUGGCCGCGGUGGUGGCCCUUCUCGCCCUCGUACCACCGCCGGUGCUUCUGCUGCCGUCGUACGAGUCCCUUACUACCUCGUUCCGAAUCUCGACUUAUCCUCUCCCGCUUUUCUCAAGGCUACUCAGCUGGGUAAGCGCGCUCGCGUUUCGCUCGACGCCAAGGCGCUCGAGGAGGUCAAUAAGAACGCUUUGACCUCCAAAUAUCCCAACCUGUUCCCCGACGGGAUGCUUGUCAAGACCUGGGUAACCGACCACUUCGCCGUCAACAACGAGUGGGUCAAUGGUGUUCUGUCUCAAGUACAGAACAUCUUGGCCAACUACUCUGACGCUGUCAACGUCGGUUCGUCGACUCGUGCGACGCUGACUGACAUUCGCUCUGAGAUCCUCCGGCGGGAUCCAGGCCCAUCUGGAGAAAGGAACUCCCUCCUCUUGAGGGAGAAGGAUCUUCCUUCUUCUUCUGUGGAGUCUCCUGCUUCCCCUCCUCCUCUUGAGGCGGAUAGCACUCUUGGGGGCGACGUCGAUGCCGCCGGUGAUGUUGACAUGACUGAGGCUUAG